CGCCUCCAUCUCCCCCACAUACAGCCAUCAUGUUCGCUGCCAGACAAGCUUUCUCCCAGGCCCAGCGCCGCGCCUUCUCGGUGUCUGCCCGCCAGUCAUCAAAGGUCACCGUCCUCGGUGCUGCCGGUGGUAUUGGCCAGCCGCUGUCCCUGCUGCUGAAGCUCAACCCCAGGGUUAGCAAGCUGUCCCUCUACGACAUCCGCCUUGCCCCCGGUGUCGCCGCCGACAUUGGCCACAUCAACACCAAGAGCGAGGUCACCGGCCACGAGGCGACCCCCUCCGGUCUUGCCGAUGCCCUCAAGGGCGCUGAGAUCGUUGUCAUCCCCGCUGGUGUUCCCCGCAAGCCCGGCAUGACCCGUGAUGACCUGUUCAACACCAACGCCUCCAUUGUCCGCGACUUGGCCAAGGCCGCCGCUGAGCACUCGCCCGACGCCAACAUCCUGAUCAUCUCGAACCCGGUCAACUCCACCGUCCCCAUUUGCGCCGAGGUCUUCAAGGCAAAGGGCGUCUACAACCCCAAGCGCCUCUUCGGUGUCACCACCCUUGAUGUCGUCCGCGCUUCCCGCUUCAUCUCGCAGAUCAAGAACAACGACCCCGCCAGCGAGAACAUCACCGUCAUUGGUGGCCACUCUGGCGCCACCAUCGUCCCCCUCCUCUCCCAGUCCGGCUACAACCUCGACGGCGACCAGCUUGCCGCCUACGUCAAGCGCGUCCAGUUCGGUGGUGACGAGGUCGUUCAGGCCAAGGACGGUGCUGGCUCUGCCACUCUCUCCAUGGCCAUGGCUGGUGCCCGCUUCACCGAGUCGCUCCUCAAGGCUGCCCAGGGCCAGAAGAACGUCAUCGAGCCCACCUUUGUCGACUCGCCUCUGUACAAGGACCAGGGCGUCGAGUACUUCUCGUCCAACGUCGAGCUCGGCCCCAACGGUGUCGAGAAGAUCCACCCCGUCGGCAAGGUCACCGAAUACGAGCAGAAGCUGCUCGAUGCCUGCAUUGCUGACCUCAAGGGGAACAUCAAGAAGGGUGUCGAGUUCGUCAAGCAGAACCCGUAAAUGUCCUGACAUGACGGGUGGGUCGCUGUGUACACUAGUAAUGACGACUAUGGGCUGCUGGACCGAAAUUUAUGGUGUUCAUGAUUUGCGCCUUUGGCCUUGAUGUAGAUUUAGAUAUGUACUCCAGCACAAAAUACUCCCUUUUCGCUUCUCCAUGGUUGUUUUGUGUGUGUUAUGAAUGGUGAUAUCCAAUGUCGAUAGAUGUCUUCAUUUGGCUGGCAGCUCUUAUCUACAUGAAAGAGCACCAAAAAUGCAACCUCAUUUCUACGUG